UUGUCUAAUUUAGUUCAGUUUCUAAAGAGCGAUCGUGUCGUAUGGUGGUGUUAAACGGAUGGCAAAAAAACCGAAUGGAAAAAACAAUAUUUUUUCUGGAUGUACGUUACGUUAUACAAGAAAAUAUUCCUAAAAACAUCUAAUUUUUUGGGGGGAAAGAAAAACGGACCCAGUGAAGAAAAAGUGGGGAAAAUUUAUUAAAUAAAAAAGAAAAAAAAUUUAAAAAUAAAUCAAAUUCUUUCUGUGAUUCCUGAAUACAAAAAAAAAAACAAAAAAUUAAAGAAACAAAAAAUAAUUCCCAUUGUUGUUGUACAAUCCGUAAACGAAGAAGAAGAAGAAAAAUAUAUAUUUUUUUGGUGGUGUGUUUUUCAUGUUUUGCCUUUGCCGCUCGCUCUGUGCAAGGCAUUGUCGUUAUUGUUGUUGUUCUAGCCAUAGUUGACACGAUUCCAUUGUUUGUGGUCGGUCUGUCUGUCGGUCGGUCGGUCUCCAAACGGCCAGCAAUCAUUAUGCUGGAGUUUAUGUGAUACCAAAAUUGGAAAGAAAUUAUACCAAAAGUAACAACAACAAAAACAAGUUUUAUUUUUUACGCUUUUUGUGCCCUCUCCACACCGUUUUGUUGAUUUAUUUGCCAGAGCCAAUAAAAUAAAAAAACAAAAAAAAAACAUCAAAACAAUAAUUAAGCGAAAAAAAAACGUGAAACCGUCUUAUCAAUUGGAUGAAACAAAAAAAUCGUAAAAAAUACAAAACAAAAAAAAUUAUGUUACGGCAAAUAAGGGCAAAUUCCUUGAACCCAAAACACCUUCUACGAAAAUUGUUUAAAGAAAUUUAACAAAAAAAUAAAUAAAAAUUCAAAACCCAGUGCCAUUUUUUCUAUUUCGCACAAUUUUUCUACAAGUUCCUCAACUUCUGAGAUUUUUUUUGUGUUUUGUUUCAAUCACAGAAUCAGUUUGAAAAAAUCUCAAGAAUGUUGACAAAAGACCACGUCGUGUGCCAAAUUUGACAAAAAAAAAUCGAAAACUAACAUCUACAUCGGAAAUAUUUCGAAAUUUCAUCCAUCUUCUUCUUCAUCAAAAGUAAAGCAGCCGAAAUAUUUGUUUUUUUUUUUCAUUCUUUUCACUUGGGAUUAACUGCACAACGCACAAGUAUAUUUGGAUUAUAUUGAAACUGAAAGGUCUAUAUUUGAAACGGAUUGAAAUUGUAGCGGCAUCGUACAUUGGUUGUCACUAUUAUUAUUAUUAUCAACAUCUUCGGUUCGGCGUUCAUUCUAGCUGGCAAAUAACACUGUGGACGAUUUGUUUAGUAGCAGCAGCUAAAUUUUGAAAUUUUUACCAAAGCUGUAAAAAAUGGAAAAAAUGAUGUUUUUUAAAUUUCGAAAUCUCCACAUUUGACGCUGAGUUAAGGAAAACCAAAACACACAUUCUUCAGCCUAGAUACGCUCUCUCUCUCGCUCUCUAGAAGUCUAUUUUGAAAACUCUCUCAAGGAUUCUCUCUUCACAAAAUAAAAUCCUUAUCAAGAAAAAAAGGAAACCCCAAGAGACAGGAAGCUAAACUCCAAAACAAAAAAAGCCACAACAAAAACAGCACAGGGUGGUAGGUGGCCCCCUAAUUUGAAAAAAACACCAACAACAACAAAUCAAAAAAAAAAUUCUACAACAAAAAUAAAAUGUCAUCAGCCACACCUGUUCUAACAGCUAUGGCUGGCCUAAGAAAUCUCUGCAGCAGAAGGCGGCAAUGCCUUUCCGCUCUCCCCACAAUCUAUCUCCUCGUCCUGUUGGCGGUGACGGCGGCGACCAGCGUUUAUGCCGAUGGCCUGCAACACAUGGCCGAUAAUGGCGGCGGCGUUGGCGGUGUUGGUGGAGUCGGUGGCGGCAACAUGGGCGGCAUGCACUCCAUGGAAGUAAGUCCUGCCCCCGGUUUCGGCCUGCCCGCCAUACCCAAGGAUCCCAAUUCACGUUGUGAAGAAAUCACCAUACCCAUGUGCCGGGGUAUUGGCUACAACAUGACCUCUUUUCCCAACGAAAUGAAUCACGAGACCCAGGAUGAGGCCGGUCUGGAGGUCCAUCAAUUUUGGCCUCUGGUGGAGAUACGCUGCUCGGCCGAUUUGAAAUUUUUCCUCUGUUCCAUGUACACGCCAAUUUGUUUGGAGGACUAUCACAAACCGUUGCCCGUAUGUCGUUCGGUGUGUGAACGCGCCCGGGCAGGAUGUGCCCCCAUUAUGCACCAGUACAGCUUUGAGUGGCCCGAACGCAUGGCCUGCGAACGACUGCCGUUCUAUGGUGACCCGGAAAAUCUCUGCAUGGAACAGCCAUCCUACACCGACUCCAGUUCUUCGGGUGGCAGUGGUGGCUCAGGCAGCUCCUCGAGUGGUUCCGGCCGUGGUGACAGUGCCUCCGGCUCCAGCGGCGGCUCCUCUUCGGGCGGCGGCGGCAAACGCAAACAAUCCGGCUCGUCUGGCUCCUCCGGCUCCCAAAAAUGCAAAGGAAAAAAUUCAAAAAACUGCCAAAGCUCCCUAGGAGAAAAAACAAACGCAAAGGAAUGCACAUGCUCAUGUCGCCCACCACUCAUCCUCCUGGGGAAGGAAGCCCAAAUGAUGCAACCACCCACCAUGCACUACCCGUGGUACAUGAACUCGACUGUGUCAAGAAUCGCCAACGUUCAAAACUGCGCCAUUCCGUGCAAGGGCCCGUUCUUCACAAACGACGAAAAGGAGUUCGCCGGCAUAUGGAUAACCCUGUGGUCGGGCCUGUGCUUCUGCAGCACCCUAAUGACCCUGACCACGUUCAUCAUCGACACCGAAAGAUUUAAGUAUCCCGAGCGGCCGAUUGUGUUCCUCUCCGCCUGUUACUUCAUGGUCUCGGUGGGUUAUUUGUCCAAGAAUUUCCUGCAGAAUGAGGAGAUUGCCUGCGACGGGCGACUGCUGAAGGAGAGUUCGACGGGACCGCAUUCGUGUACACUGGUGUUUUUGAUGACCUAUUUCUUUGGCAUGGCUUCGUCGAUAUGGUGGGUCAUCUUGAGUUUUACCUGGUUCCUGGCGGCCGGUCUGAAAUGGGGCAAUGAGGCCAUUACCAAACAUUCGCAGUAUUUCCAUUUGGCUGCCUGGCUGAUACCCACAGUGCAAUCUGUGGCAGUCCUCCUGCUGUCGGCCGUGGAUGGUGAUCCCAUACUGGGUAUCUGCUAUGUGGGCAACUUGAAUCCCGAUCAUUUGAAGACCUUUGUGCUGGCUCCUCUGUUUGUCUAUCUGGUCAUUGGCACCACCUUCCUUAUGGCCGGCUUUGUUUCGCUCUUCCGCAUACGCUCCGUCAUCAAGCAGCAAGGCGGCGUGGGAGCCGGCGUCAAGGCCGAUAAACUGGAAAAGCUUAUGAUACGCAUUGGCAUCUUCUCGGUGCUGUACACCGUACCGGCCACAAUUGUCAUCGGCUGUUAUCUCUACGAGGCGGCCUACUUCGAGGACUGGAUCAAGUCACUGGCCUGUCCCUGUGCCCAGAUCAAGGGCCCCGGCAAGAAACCCCUCUACUCGGUGCUGAUGCUGAAAUACUUCAUGGCCUUGGCGGUGGGCAUAACAUCCGGCGUAUGGAUAUGGUCUGGCAAGACAUUGGAAAGUUGGCGUCGUUUCUGGAGACGUCUGUUUGGCCAGCCGGAUCGCACCGGCGCCAAUCAGGCGCUCAUCAAACAACGGCCACCCAUACCACAUCCCUAUGCCGGCUCUGGCAUGGGUAUGCCAGUAGGAUCUGCUGCCGGAUCACUGCUGGCAACCCCAUACACGCAGGCGGGCGGAGCCUCGGUGGCCUCCACCAGCCACCACCAUUUGCACCAUCAUGUCUUGAAACAGCCUGCCGCCAGCCAUGUAUGA